AUGCAUGCAUACCCUUUCUUUCCCCUCGCUGCUCUCCUCCCCUCCCACCAAACCAAAUCAAUCACCACGGCAGGCCAUCAAGCAAGGCGAGCGCCAGGCAGCCCACAUCACAUCACAGCUGCCCUGACCGACUCCACCUCGUGCCACCGCUCGUCCUCCUCCCCUCCCGCGUGCCCACCACCACACGCUGUUACGAAGCCCCUCACUUGCUCACCCGCUACCACCAUCCAUGCCUCUGUCUCGCAUGCUGCGUUGCACAUGGGUAAUGGGGUAGGAGGAGCUGCAGAGAGGAGUGAUGAAGGCAGGGUCACAGGGGACCGAAGUGAAGGAUGGGUGGUGAGUGGCCGGGCUGGCGGGGACGGCUGUUUGCUGUUGAAUGGUAGUGGGGCGUGGGGGCUUGAAAGCUCAAGAGUUGAGCACUUGGAGGGACGGCGGCCCUUGGAGGGCGGUGAGGGAGAGGAGAGAGCGUGUGAGGAGGAGGGAGUGUGUGAGGAGGAGGGAGUGUGUGAGGAGGAGGGAGUGUGUGAGGAGGAGGGAGUGUGUGAGGAGGACCUACCACUGGUGGACACAGUGCAGCGGUGGGAGGAGCGGGUGGCAGUGGUGGGAAGGGGAGCGGGAGGAAGGGGGGGCAGCACUGUGGAGGCGCUGAGAGCAGUGAGAGCAGCGCAGCAGGAGUGGGUGCAGGUGGGGCUGGCACUGGCACUGGCGGAGAGGCAGGUGGCCUGCCGCCUCGACAUGGGAUGGGAGCGUCUGCCAGCGACCCUUGAGGCGCGCUGGGAGCUGUCAUGGGUGGCGGGGCGCAUGAGAACUGAACCCCUCGUUGCUCACUCUGCUACGAUGUUCUCCUCUCACAUACCUUGA